CACUCUUCCCUCUGUAGCUCCCCACUCCCAAAGGAGAAGAAUGAAGGAAAAAAAAUCUGCUUUCAUAUAACUUCUUCUGAGAAUCGUUUGUUUUUCAGAUAAUUUAUUCAAUCUGAUCAUGUUCAGGGGGAAGUAACGUGCAUAUGUUCCUUUUUUGGUUAUUGCAUGGGUUACAAUAGUGUUCUGCUGAAGUUUUUAUGACAUAUAUUGAUUACGGGAUAACUUCUCAAUGGGGGGAGCUUGUUCUAGGAAGAGAGACCAGCAAGAUCAUGAUUAUAGUUUGCCCAGAGGAGUAUCUGGAAAAUAUUGCAAAAGUGGGAGUUCCAAGUGGUUGACAACUUCAUUUUCUCGACCUUUUAUGGACAUUGAACCUGGAAGAGGGAAAUGCCCUUCUCUUUUGGACUUGGGCAUCCGGAGAAUAUGCAAGGAUAUUGAUAGAUAUGAAAACUUCGGCAUGCUCCCAAGGGAUAUUACUCAGCUGAUCCUUAAUGAACUGGUGUACUCCCAGCGUUUAAACGAUAUUUCAAUUGAAGCUUUUCGAGACUGUUCUCUCCAGGAUCUUCACUUUGGAGAAUGUCCAGGGGUGAACGAUGCUUGGAUAGAUGUCAUCUCUUCACAAGGAUCUUCCGUACUUUCUGUGGAUCUUUCUGGCUCAGAUGUAACUGAUGAUGGAUUGAUGCACCUCAGGAAUUGCUCAAAUCUCCAAUCCUUAAAUUUAAACUUCUGUGGACAUAUAUCAGAUCGAGGGCUGGAGCAUAUUGGAGGCUUCUCGAGGUUGACAAGUUUAAGUUUUAGGAGAAACAAUGAAAUUACUGCUCAAGGGAUGAGUGUCUUUGCCCAUCUUGUUAACUUGAUCAGAUUAGACCUAGAGAAAUGUCCUGGCAUUCAUGGCGGACUUAUUCACCUCCAAGGAUUAAAAAAGUUGGAGUCUCUCAAUAUAAAAUGGUGUAACUGCAUCACAGAUGCUGAUAUGAAGCCUCUCGCCGGCCUAACAAAUUUGACAGCAUUACAAAUUUCUUGCAGUAAGGUUACAGAUACUGGUAUUGCAUUCUUGAAAGGACUGCACAAACUUUCACUAUUGAAUUUAGAGGGUUGUCCAGUUACAGCUUCUUGUUUGAACACUCUGUCAGCUUUGGGUGCCCUACAAUAUUUGAAUCUUAGCAGAUGUCAUAUAACUGAUGAAGGGAGUGAGAAAUUUUCUAGGCUUGGGGCCUUGAAAGUAUUGAACUUGGGGUUCAAUGACAUAACAGAUGAUUGUUUGGUUCACUUGAAAGGUCUAACAAAUUUGGAAAGCUUGAACUUGGAUUCAUGCAGGAUUGAGGAUGAUGGGCUGGUUAAUUUGAAAGCACUCCGCCGUUUAAAAUGUUUGGAGUUGUCUGACACUGAUGUUGGAAGCAAUGGUCUACGUCAUCUUUCUGGUUUGCUUAAUCUGGAGAAAUUAAAUCUCUCAUUCACCAUAGUUACAGACGUUGGUUUAAAAAGGUUGUCUGGACUCUCAUCUCUAAAAUCUCUAAAUUUGGAUGCUCGCCAAGUUACAGACAUCGGACUUGCUUCCCUAACUGGUUUAGUAGGAUUGACUCAUCUGGAUCUCUUCGGAGCUCGUAUUACCGACUCCGGAACAAACUAUUUGCGAAACUUUAAGAACCUACAGUCCCUGGAAAUAUGUGGUGGAGGAUUGACUGAUGCUGGUGUCAAGAACAUCAAAGACCUGUCUUCCCUGAUGGUGCUCAAUCUAUCACAAAAUUGCAAUCUGACUGAUAAAACCUUGGAGUUAAUUUCCGGUUUAACAGAGUUGGUCUCUUUAAACAUUUCGAAUUCGCGAGUUACCUCUGCAGGAUUGCGGCAUCUGAAAACUCUGAAGAAUUUAAAGCAGUUGACGCUGGAGUCCUGCCGGGUUUCAGCAAACGACAUCAAGAAGCUUCAAUCGACCGACCUCCCGAACCUAGUGAGCUUCCGCCCAGAGUAGCCGUGAAGAAGAAGAAGACGUCCUGUGAUCGAACUGCCAUAGAGGCAGACUUGUAAAUAAUAAUAUCAUCCAGGCAGCAAGACCUUUCUAAAUUGUUGUACAUAGUUUUGGUUUUGGGAUUUGUUUUGCCAUGAGCUUUAAGAGACCAAGUGUUUUUAGUGGAGUCUAAAAAGCUUUCUUUUCAAUCUUAGUUCAUUGGAUAAGAAAUAAGAAUUGUAGAAGCUUGCAAGCCAUGGCAGAAAAAUGGGUACAAAAGAAAAAAAGAAAAGAAGAAAACUUUUGUAAAUAUCUUCUCUGCUAAGGCAGUAGAGAAUGUGAAUAAUGCAGUUUUAAGUUAUUUGGUUUCUCUGUUCAUGUACAAAACUGGAAAUGGAUGCUCUUCUACUUUAAUUUAUGAAUUUCUAUUUUA